AUGGAGAUGACAUUUAUUUUUCAAGAAGCUUAUGCAAAGAAAGUUCUUGAAAGAUUCAAAAUGCAAAAUUGCAAUCCGUUGACUUGUAUAAGACCCGAUAUUCUUUAUGGUGUUGGUCUUGUUAGCCAUUAUAUGGAGGCACCAUCUUUAACUCACUUGGAGAUUGCUGAAAGAAUACUUCGCUACAUUAAAGGUACCCUUGAUUAUGGCUUAGCUUAUUCUUCUUCUACAAAUUUCAAGGUUUAUGGUUAUAGUAACAGUGAUUGGGCUAGUGAUAUUAAUGGUUGA